AUGGAAGGUCUGGUCGUUGACCAAAGGAACUGGGUUUGCAACACGGCCAAUGCUGCCUCGCUGCUGUGGCACCUGUUCCAUUCUCUGCCGGCGCCAUCCUCGUCGGUGAAUUGGAGUGGCUUCUACGUUGUGGACAAGGCGAAGCCGUCCCAGCUAGUUCUAGGCCCUUUUCACGGUAAAGUGGCUUGCCAGACCAUUGCCGUUGGCAAGGGCGUAUGCGGGACGGUGGCCGAGAAGGCGCAGACGCUGCUACUCGAGGAUGUCGAGACCUUUCCCGGACAUAUUGCUUGCGAUAGUGACAGCAAAAGCGAGGUGGUAGUUCCUAUUAUGGUUGACGGCAAGGUUGUCGGCGUGAUUGAUAUCGACUGCGCAGAGACUUCGGGGUUCGAUGAAGUAGAUAGAACAGGUCUCGAAAGGUUGGCUUUGCUACUCGCCAAAAGCUGCGACUGGUGA